CCGACACCCGGCGUGCCAACAUCAGUCCAUACGGUGGUCGAUUGGAGAUCAAUCCCCAAAGGUGGACGAAUACGAGAACUUUGUUGGGAUUUACGUUUUCAGAUGGGAAACCCUGGAGGGGCUAUGUGCUGAAGCGAUGUGGCAUGUGUAAUCUCCUUCGGUUUAUGAUAUGAGUCCGGCUUCGCCUAGGAAUACGAGCUGAAAUCACACACCAUCGAGGCACUUCACAAUAUCAAAAAAAUUCUCAGAAUGGCGGCGACACAGACCAUCCAAGUUCCCCACCUGGGCGGCAUCAAGGCCGGCUACGCCCUCUCCAAUGACCACUACGACCCGUCAAAGCCGACAUGCGUUCUAAUCAAUUCUAUGUGCAUGACUGCCUCGCUCUACCAUGAUCAAUUCAAUAAUAAGGAGCUGACCGAUGCGAUGAACCUCCUCGCCAUCGAGCCCUUGGGCCAUGGCGCGACCAGCUGCCCCUCCGAGCAUUUUACCUACUGGGAUUCGGCCGUCAUGGCGUUACAGGUCAUGGAUCACUUUGGGAUCCAGAAGGCGUUCGCCCUGGGAACAAGCCAAGGGGGGUGGAUGGUGACCCGGAUGGCACUGCUCGCACCCGACAGGAUCCUCGGUCUCAUGCCCCUGGGCACGUCCAUGGAUUACGAAUCAGCCGAUUCUCGGUCCAAGGGGUGCUGGGACCCCGCAGCCAGUCUGACAGCCUUUUAUGAUAAGUGGACGAGCCCUGGCGCCACGCCUGACUUUGUUGUAGAUGAUGUUUGGUGUGGGCUGGUAGGAGGCAUUGGCUUCGGGGCUGCGGCCACCGCAGAGAAGUCUGCGUUCUGGACCAAAACCCUGAAAGAAGUAUACCAAGGUGAUGAGGGACGCAAGAAGGUGCGGAUGGCACUCAAUUGCCUCCUGGAGCGAGACGGACUGUUGCUCCGACUGAGGGAUAUCAGAUGUCCUGUUUACUGGCUACAGGGCACUGAGGAUACACCGUUUGGAACGACAGUUCCUGCGGAGCAAAUCAAACUUUUCACUGCUUCCCCAGAGGCCAAGUUGGUCAUGAUCGAGGGCGGUGCGCACUAUCUCAAUGCCACGAACCCGAAGGAGGUCAAUGGGGCACUCUUGGAAAUGGUCACUAAGUAUCAGUGAAGUGUCCCUGCGUAGGCCUUGCCGAGAGGUACUGGAUUGGCCAGCGUUUCUAUAGAAGAGAAGUGCUUGGGAGAAUCAAGGACUAGCCAUUAGGUGGCGUGUUCCAAU